GGGAUGUUGGUUCCCCACUUUUUGGCAGCAGUGUGCCUUCAUACGUCAAAAAGAUUCCUGAAAAUUGUUGAAAAGGACUUCAUUGACCCAGGUUUUAACGAAGAGCCCACAGCCAGAAUUCAUCUUCUUAUAUUAGCAAGAUACCAGUAUCUCUGCCCACAAAUAUAAAAUAACCUGUGCACGCCUUUAUUAUAAUUUGAGAAGUAUGAGGGAAAAAAGCGUGUUAAGAGAUUGGUUUGCUGCACAUGAAAUAGAUCCAAGGAUGGAAUUUCUCAGAUUAUUGCCUAGGAAGUGUGUAGACCAACACUUGCAGAAAUACAGCAGGCACCUAACAUUUAGAAUCAAUCAUCAUGCAAGUAGCAAAUAUAUAAACAGGCAACUCCAUACUAUAAACACUUGUGAGUCAAAUCAAAUACAGGGUAUAAACCAAAAUGGUAAAACAUUGGGAUUUUUAAAACCUGUUGGCAGGUUAUAUUCAACUGAUGGCAAUGAUGAUCCAGAUAAACCAAGAAAACAAAAAAUACAGUCACCACAAGACUACAAUACCUCAACAGAAGAGAAAGGAACCAGCAAUGAUGAAUGUCCAUCAAGUAGUGAUGAGUAUUCGAGUGAUGAUGAAGCUUAUGCAUAUGAACAACUUCAGGGAGGACUGAGAGUUAAACAUCUCCUGGAGGAAGCUCAGUCGCAAAGGUUAAAUGAUGAAUUUGAUUUUGAGGGAUCAGCAGAGGACGAAAUUGCAAUUGCUAAAAAACGUACUUAUAUUGACCCAAAAAAUAUGACAGUAUUUCUGUUCCCUGGGCAAGGAACACAAACAGUAGGAAUGGGGAAAGCUUUACUGUCAUACCCUAAUGUGAAGGAUAUGUUUGAUAUCGCUUCUGAUAUUCUAGGGUAUGACCUUCUGUCGCUAUGCUUGAAUGGGCCUCAGGAUAAGUUGAACCAAACUGUUCACUGUCAGCCUGCUGUUGUUAUCACAUCACUUGCAGCUGUAGAGAAGCUGAAAGUGGAAAGUCCAGAGAUUGUUGAAAACUGUGUUGCAACAGCUGGGUUUAGCGUUGGUGAAUUCACUGCUCUCGUAUUUUCUGGAGCCCUUACAUUUGAAGAAGCUGUCUACUUGAUCAAGGUUCGUGCUGAAGCAAUGCAGCUGGCAUCUGACCAAGUUGACAGUGGGAUGCUGUCAGUUAUUUCCCGUGAACAGACAAAUUAUAAAGCAGCUUGCCGAGAGGCAGUGGAGUACUGCAGGAAUGAAGAGGGUAUAGUUGAUCCCGUCUGCGCCAUCGCUAACUAUAUGUUCCCAGGGGCACGUGUAAUUGCUGGUCACACAACGGCACUAAACUUCCUGCAGAAAAAUUUAAAGAAAUUCUCCUUCCGGAGUGCAAAGAAAAUACCAGUAAGUGGUGCCUUCCACACAGACCUUAUGAAGCCAGCACAGGAAUCAAUUGCUGAAGCACUAGCUGAAGUGAAUUUUGAGGUACCAGCAAUAUCCGUCCAUUCCAAUGUCGACGGAAAAAUAUAUAGACACGCUAAGCACAUUCGUAAACAGUUGAAAAGUCAGGUGGUUAAGCCAGUCAAAUGGGAACAGAGUAUGCAUGAGAUCUAUCAACGCAAAUCAACCGACAGCUUUCCAAUGACCGUGGAAGUUGGUCCAGGAUCGCAACUUAUAACCAUACUUAAACGUAUAAAUUUCAAAGCUGCAAAGACAUUUAAAAAUAUUGAUAUUUAGGAUGAAGCUAUGAUUAAAUUGUGAUAUUACAGAGAUUGUGAAAUUUGACGAAUAUGCAAAAUAUUGAUAUUUAGGACGAAGCUAUGAUUAAAUUGUGAUAUUACAGAGAAUGCGAAAUUUGGCUCUUGGUGCUCUGCCCACUUUGGUAAAGAAUGGUUUAGGGCACUGGUCUAAACAUUAUUAAUGGCCAAUCCCUAAAUUUGUGAUCUAAAAAAGCACAAUUUGGACCAUACUGAGCCAUGAAAACUUCCCAUGAACCCUACCGGAGAUUUUUUAUUCGGGGACGCAGACUGAGACUCUGGUAAAGGUAAAGAUAGGAGAGUAACCCAUAACUUGCAUCAUUGUGCUGAAUUGUGUUGAAUUGUGUUGAAUUGUGUAUGGGCGUGGUCCGUGACUACCUACCAGCCGUAAAUAGGCGCUUCAUGGUUCACAUCAUUCCACGACAGGGGCUGAAAUGAACCAUAACCUCGAGGUAACCCUACUCUUCCGAAAGAUGCAAUGUGUUUUUUUAAAGUGCACACGAGCCAGAUGUAUACAAUGGACCUCCAUUUUAAGUCCUUAUCCGAGUAGACUAGGUUCUACCAACCGAACAAUGGGCGAGGAGCGGCUGGAAACUGCGCCGAUUUUACGUAGGUAGGGGCGCUUCUGCCUUACCGCUCAGCCACUCGAUAGUCUGCCCCUUGUUAGCUAAUUACUGGGGCAGCAAUUUAUAUUCAGUGCUUCCUUGGUGUAUCAGUUGUCAUUUAUGGUUAUUUAUAUAUGUACAGAUGAUAUGAUACAGAUAUGAUACGAUACAGAUAUGCCUUCAAGACAAUUUACGCAAGUAUACAUUACAACCAAGCUGGCUUAUGUGACUACAGUUCACCCUCCAAUUCGAGACUACCUUUUGAACCUGAAAAUUUGGGGUUUGUCUCCACAUAAAGGGGUUAGCUAUAGUGUUAAUAGUUUGAAGAUUGUUGUCGACUCUUUUAAAAAAUGUGGCCUCAAAUUAGAGGGUGCAUUGUAUUCCAUUUUAUCAAUUUAUAUGCGAGAAGAGAUGCAUGAAAUAGCAUACUAUGAAUAAAAAUCCCUUUACAAAGCA